AUUUAUUAAUAAAUAGUAAUAAUAAUAGUAACAGUAAGGAGGGUUGCGUUUGAAAGAGACGGAGAUCAACGGGCAUUCUGUUGCUUUGUCGACGUAUAUACAACGUGUCUCAUUUAGCCCCGUGUGAGCGAUCAAAGCGCCCCGUCGGGGCGCCCGGCGAUUGGACGCACGCCGGUCGGGCCGGAAUGUAGCCGGUGGAACGGGGGGAACGGCUGUGGCAAUCGAAUAAAAGGGGUGAGGAGGUGCGAUUUCGCGCGUUCACCGCGAUUCCGAAUUACAUUUCUGACAGAUUCCGACGGCGGCGAGCGCGCUGGCACCGAGGAGCCGCUGGUCAAGGUGAUAAUCGAGCGGGCGAGUCUGUUCGCGACGACGAGAGGCCGACGAGAUGUCCGUGAUGGGUAAGCCGGUGCUCUACUCCUACUGGCGGAGUUCCUGCUCGUGGAGGGUGAGAAUUGCGUUGAACCUGAAGGAGAUACCGUACGACAUAAAGCCGGUGAGCCUGGUGAAGGGCGGCGGGGAGCAGCAUUCCAAUGAAUUCCGUGAGAUCAAUCCGAUGGAGCAGGUCCCCGCGCUCCACAUCGACAAUCACACGCUAAUAGAGUCUUUAAAUAUCCUGCAAUACUUGGAGGAGACCAGGCCGAGCCGUCCGCUGAUGCCGGCGGAUCCUGUCAAGAGGGCCAGGGUCAGGGAAAUCUGCGAGGUGAUUGCCAGUGGUAUACAGCCGCUGCAAAAUCUUACGAUUCUGAUCUACGUCGGGGAAGAGCGUAAAAAGGAGUGGGCGCAACAUUGGAUCACCAGGGGAUUUACAGCCGUGGAAAAGCUAUUAUCGUCGAGCGCGGGCAAAUAUUGCGUCGGUGACGAAAUCACGUUAGCGGACUGUUGCCUGGUGCCACAGAUAUUCAACGCGCGGAGGUUUCACGUCGAUCUCAGACCCUUCCCCACGAUUCUCAGGGUGGAUCGUCACCUGGAGCACCAUCCGGCCUUCACCGCGGCUCACCCCAACAACCAGCCCGAUUGUCCGCCCGAGGCGACCAAGUAGCAAGCGAGGCAGACCACCCUUUUCCUCUUCUAAUGUCCUUUAGAAGGGCGAAAGGAGGUGGUCCGACGUCGUGUGGUUUCAUAGUGACAAAAGGUGAUAUCGCAGUGUUCAUUUUUGUCCUUGUCCAAUUUUUUAAUGUAACGCGCGGUUAAUCGAGCUUGUGUUUCGUCGUAAACAAGAGUUGUAAUCUCUGAAAAAAAAGGCAGCCAAUCGCUGAAUCGAGUACAGACUGCAGGUUAUACGAGAGAAACGAUAGCAGUUAAAUCGGGACAGUUUAGUUUUGGUUUUGGAAAAAUGUACACUUUACGGCACCUGGGUAGCGCUCCCGACGUCUAUACAGUACAAUCGCAUUCGGCUGGCCGUUGCGAUUUUUAUGUAGUCGGCGCCGGGAUGUUACGCCAAACAAAUCAUCCGUUUUCAUUAUUUUCAACGCGUAUACAGAAAAGAGAAAAAUGAAACUCGAAAUCGUAUAUAGCAUCGUAUUUAGCGUUUUAGGUACACUGAGUAAACAAAUGGCCGGGUAAAUGUACACGUAUCUGCCGCGAAGAUUAAUUACGUUGCGACAGCGCGUGCAUGCACGAACAGUUGACUUAAAUUUGUGCGCCAGCGGCCUGUAGAUUGCGUUCCCUCGAUAACAAUAACUCGUGCAUUGUACAGUGUCCGAUAUCGUUAAAUCGACAAAGCAGCACCUUUUGUCACUUAUGAACUGCGUCCCGGUGCGGAAAUGGUUAGCGGCCGGUUAAGAGAAAAAAUGAGCAUCAGACCGAUGGCCUCUCGAUCUUACGUCACACAUCACACCGAGCGACAAGAGAGCCGCUUCACAGAGAACGAAGACACUCUGUAACGCCAUUUCUGUACUCGCGUGUAACAAGAAAAUGAAAGGAAAGAGAGAGGUAUUGGGCCUACUUUUAAGUUUUUUGUUACGUUUUCUACGGGUUUUUAUCAUCAAUCGAAAUUUAUUCUUCACGCGAUAUUUUUACACGAUAUUUUGUAAGAUAUAUCGACCUAUUCUAAAUAGGUUCUGUUGAAAUCAAAAGGUUACUUUUUAUAUAUUUAUAAAUUUUUUUAUUUGACUUUUUUCGCGCUGAGACAUAGCGUAAGGAAAAGAGGAUGUUGCUAUUGAAUCAUAGUAAAUGUCCCGAGAUCUUCGCCGGUGAGCGUAGGAUAAUGAUUCAUACUUACGUGAUAUGAAGUACACACGCAGCAGACAAAUUCGAAACGUGAAGCGAUCCACAAUUCGAAGGGGAACGUGUAAUAAGGGAAAUGCGCUCCGCACAAAUGUAUCUCCCGACGUGUAAAGAAGAGAGUACAAAUCGCAUAUUUCCUUUGACAUUCCGAAUAUUGUAUCCUCCUCACUGAGAAUCGCGAGCCACAAAAACGAUCAUCGCUGUGUCAGAUAAUCGCGAAAAUGCUGGUUUGUCCGCUAAUUUGAAAAUUACGUUGCGUAACUAAGAACCGCGGUCGUCGAUGAUGUCGCGCGUUCGCGACCGCGAGGAUCGAAAUGUGCCAUUGAAAUGCCGUUUAUUACACAUAGUACAACCGCGUAUGUAUGGUAGCGCAAAUCAAACGGCGCACGGAGACGCCGCCGUCGACGCCAACAGAAUCAAAGUACACGAUUAUGCGCUCUCACGACGCAACGGAGGGAGGAGCCUCUCCCUCCGGUUUCGAGAGCGCGACGAAAAUGCGAGAUGCCGAUAUUUUUCACGGAUCUUUUUUAUAGAGUCGCUCAUUGUAAAGCAAAGUUGUUGCAUAGCCGCCCGCCUCCGCGUACUCCGAAGGGGAUUUUUCUACGUCAACGUACGUGUAGUAACGCGCGCCGUUUUUUCACGACGAGCCAUGCGUCCGAGACUCCUGUAGAUAUUCGAGAAACACAUGAUCGAUCGAACCGACAUAAUCGGAUUUCAUUGGCAUUCUUCCUUAUUGCCGCGUUAUCCUCCCUCCUCCGGCACUCACGGAAAAAGAAAAAGAAAACGUCACGUCGCAUUCGCGUCGAAAUCUCACGUCGAUACGAUUGAUGAUUUUCUCCAUGUAACGCGCACGUUGUAACUGCCUUCUUGUACUGAGAUUUCGACGAAUACUUCUUCCAUGUAGCCUCCAGCCUUCGCAAUUAUUUUUCUAUAGGAGAUAUAGUAUCGUAAUAACGAAGGUAUACACUUCUUUGUGCGCUUUCUAAUGGAAGAUUUUAAAAGAAGUAAAUAUAUAUAUAUAUAUAUAAAUAUAUAUAUAGAAUCGUCGCAAUACACACACACACACACACACACACACACACACACUUAAGCUCUACGUCUCACAUGUAAUACUCGGGUCGAAGAACGUACAUUCCGUGUUAUACGCGCACACGUACACAUACACGUAACAGACACACGACACGUAAAGAAGACACAACAGACGUAUAUUAAUCAACCGAGUGAUUAGAUAAUAAUGUAUAUAAUCUUUGUACGAACUAUACUUCCCCUAAAACUCCGCUCCACGAAUGUUCACCGUUACAACAAAGCAGGCGUAUGGCCAAAUCGAAACUGCAGUGGUGCGUGUCCGCUUCCGUUUUGUACAACAACGUAUACACACUGUGUCAUUUGAUUUACGAAGGAAAAUGCGAGCCGAGCAGCGAUGUCCGCCAUGUUGUGUUAGACCUUGCUCUUCUUCAUUUCGCGCUUAUUAUUGUGUAUUCGCCGCUCAUGAGCGAUUGCUUCAGGAUUAACCUGCGGGAUCUCGCGUUUGAAUCUCGCAAUCUUGCAAUCAUUACGUCGAGUCUCUGGUUCGCAUUCUCGUACACAGGGAUUUGCACGAAAAAAAAAAAGAGAACGACGAAUGAAGGAUCGUGAAAGUGGAAAGUUAACUUGGUCGAGAACGAGCUGUGUUAUCGCAGUUUUCAUAGUAAUUCGGGGCAAUUAGCGUGUAAAAUACUACAGGGAUAGAAUUUUUAUUUGGAUCUGAAAGAUCCUCAUGGAGGAAUUUGGAUGUGAUUGUAGCGAUUUCCUUUAAUGCUUGGUAUCAAGUAUCUCCAUAACCAGUCUUGAAGGUACAAUAUCGUUGCGGUAGAGUCGAUUGAACGAGGAACGAAGCUUCGUCACUCGUAUCCACUCCUGAUGCUCGGUCUGCAAGAGACCUCUCGGUUACUUUUGCUUCUGGUGGAUCACAACUUGAAAGUUGCGUUAAUCGUCCUCCGUGCGUGAAUUUUCAUCGCGAGCUUCAAUAAGCUUCAAUAACAUGAAGUGUUGGCGAGCAACCUCCGAAUUAUAUUUUCCGGCGGAACAAUGUCAUAAUCAGGGAACCGUCGUCCUUAAUAUUCCGCAUGCUGGUCGCGUCCCCGAAAGCGUCUGUUCUUGCGUAGUUUUUAUCCGAAAACCUUGUGUAGCCUCGAGCGUCGCUCAUAUUUCGUAAAGGCGAGUGAAAGUGGACGACAUUUGUCACAAUGUUUAUCACAAUGCGCGAGUCGGUGUUCCAUUCUCACCUUUCUCACGUCACUCGCGCGCAUCCUCGACGUGUCCUCGAUACUCUCACGACCCGACCUCGCGAAUGUGAACUCGCCCUUUACGUCGCUUUCACGAAACGAUUGCACAUGCAGUUAGCAGUAUCGCUGUAUAGUCCGAUGAGGUAAUGGCAACAAGCAUAAUCUUCUGUCCCGCGUCGCAAUGGCCCUAAAGUAGAUGUUCGAGAAGGCGUAACGUUUAUAAGAGGAUGCGUGAGGUCGUUAGAUAUGAGCAAAUGAGAGUGUACAAUAAUAAUAAUAAUAAUGAUAAUGAUAAUGAUAAAAUAAUAAUAACAAUAAUAGUGUUAGUGACACACACGUCAGUCCGAAACGGUACGGGGCGCGUAGACAUUUUGCGAGCGAAAACGGUCUUUGCAUGUUCGCGCACCGCUUCUAGCGAAUAAAAGGAAUCUGUGUCAUAGUGUAUGUAUAUUUACUUUGUAGUUGCGCGACGAAAGAUCAAAAGAACAGUACGAGUACAUUCAGCCAAACAAUGUACACACACACACACACACACGCAUGCACAUGCACACUUAUUGUCACCCGAAUGAAACUGCGUUUCGUCUGUAGUGGUAUACUUUUUAUUGCGAGCGAGUCCCACUGUAACGAGAGAUCUGCAAAAUACAAACGCUCACGAUUACCGUGAACA